AUGCGGCCCAGCCAGGUAUCCGUGCAGAGCGGCAAUGGGAUGGAUAGGGGCGACAUGGCCGACACGGAGCGUGGCAGUGUGGCAACCGUUGGUGGCCUGCAGUCGGCAUCGGCACGUGGUAGUGGCAGCAACAGUCCCAUUCUAUCAGCAGCUGCAUCCAGGAAUCGGUCGCUCCGCAAAAGCUCCAAGAAGGGUCUGCGCACGGGAUUUAGGGAUCGACCCACAAAGAUGUCCAUCGACAACAAUCUGCAGAUCAAGACGGGCGCCUCGCUUAUUCCAGACUUAAAUGUAAUUAUCAAUCGCAUGCGGAAUAUGAAGGACGACAGCUAUGUCUAUCUGGACUAUAUGCUGCCCAAGGAUAGCGAAUAUUUUACUCCCUACAGUCUGCGCGAAGUGGAAUUUGCCAAUUUGAAUAUCUUAAAGCCGUAUUAUACUGUCACUCGACAUGGAGUUACCUAUUGGCGUGUCUCCGAAAACUUCUUCACGCCCCUCAAUCAAUGGCAACAGGAGUUUCAGCAAUUCCUGAGCAUCAUACAGAUUCGCACCUUCUCCAUAUUUCGUUUAUGGAAGGGCUUCAAAGUUUGGGAGAAGACCAUUAAGUGGCGUAAACUAAACGCUGCCCGCAAUCAUCUGCAGAACAAUCUGUUCAUUGUUAUACCGCAACUGGCCAAGGCUAUACUACGAAUGCGCUCUGACAUUGUCGUCCUGGAACGUCUGAGUUUUAUCAACAUUGAGAAUAUCGAGGAAUGGCAUCCAUUUUACUUCCUUGAGUUGCAUAUGCGCAUCUACGAGCAGCUCAACUAUCUUUUCCAUGAAUUCCGUUCCUACGUAGGCAGAGCCUUAUAUCGUUCUUGCACGGAGGCCAUUAUGGCGCGUGGCUUCUAUCCUGACGAUGAAAUCAACUAUUAUCCAUCGGUUAAGAAAAUGCGAGAGGCGCACAGCUUUAUGGAUCGGGCACGCAAACGGGCCUUCUGUAAGACCCUUACCAACUUUUUAAGCUACUGCGAUAUGAUGCUGUAUCAGGCACUCUAUCGCGUCACCAUUCAGAGCUAUGCGGAUCUACAUCAUGCCUUCAAUGAACAUCAUCAGGUGGGUCCAACGGAGGCGGAAAUUACCCGUCACGAUCGCCUGGAUUCGCGUGUGGAGAAACCGCGACCGCCCAACGCUCCGCAGAAUCCAUUUUUCUUAGCUUCACUGCGUCUGCUGCCUGAUCGCAUUGAGGUGGAGCCUCUGGAAGAUGUACUUAAGUUGAUAUUUCAACGCAUCACGGGUCUGAUUCUGGAGACCGUAUUAGACAUACCACCCUUUACCACAGAUUCUGAAUUUGCGCAGUACACACAACCAUCAAUUAUGGGACGUCAAGAGGAGUGUUUGUAUCAAAGUGCGCCCGAUUUGACCUUCCUAUUAAAACAGGAUAAUACAUUUAACUUCAAUCGUAAGAAUGUGUUUGUCCUAAUGCGCACCGCCUAUGAGAUGGCACAUCUUUACACCGCGAGAUUUAGAACCAUACGGGAGAACUAUGAAAUUGAUGCUACCACAGACCCCGAGGAUCUAAGCACCGAACGGGAUCUAACGGCCUUGCGCAAUUACUGCGAUCGCUACUGCAACAAUCUGAGAGCUUUAGAUGGCAUACUUGAUCAUGUCUUCCUGGGUCUCUUGAAGUUGCGUCAAAGUGGCUUCAAAGACGCAGUUACUCCGGUUUGUCAGCGCCUUCAGAAUGUGCUUGCCAUCUAUCUACCCCAACUGGCGGAGGAGGAGACAACAAAAUUGUAUGAGGAUGCACAGGAUUUCUAUGGCCGCAUCGGAUAUGAGCCGACAGCGACAUUGCAGCUGGUUGCCCACAUACGAUUUCUGGACAACUGUGACGAGGAGCUGGACGAGCUGUUCAAAGUGGUUGACUAUGUGCACGACUUGCUGCUAAUCAUCAAGGACUUUAAUAUCCCCAUCGAUGAUGAGCGCAAAGAGGACUAUAUGGACACGGAGGACUAUCUGAAUCGCACUAGGGAAACCCUGGCGGAAAUCCUUGAAAAGCGACAGGACUUUAUCAAUCAACUGGAAGAGGCCAUGCAGGAGGACAUACAAGCACUCAAGGAGGACAUCCAUGAAGUGGCCGUCGAAGCCAUCGAAGACUGGUUGCUGACCAGUAAAUCAGAUCGAAAUGCGGUAAAUGAUAAGCUGGAUGAACUUUUGAACCGUAUGAACGGGUGUCGAGAGAAGGCAGACGAGCUGAUUGGCUAUCAAAAGGAGUUUAGAAUCGAUUUGACAAUGUAUGAAGAAAUGGCCUCAGGGUUCUAUGAUAUACGCAUGCGGCAGAAUCUCUACAAAACACUCAUUGACUGGGAGGAAUCCCUUGCCAGCUGGUUGGCCGCCGAUUUCAAUACUCUCGUCGUCGCAGACAUGAUAGACCUGAAUGCUAAAACCAUUAAGAACUGUCUACAGUUCCAAAAAUAUCUACCCGAUAAUGAUAUUGUUCCAGUACUUCACAAAUCCGCCGAGGAGUUCAAAGAGAAGCUACCGGUUAUUGGCUACCUGCGUAAUCCCAAUCUGCGUGCGCGUCACUGGACCGAAAUCGAAGAUCUGCUGGCCCGCAAGUUCUUCCAGGAGAAAGACAUUAGAAUUAGCACCUACGAAGAGUCGCAUGCCUUCGAUGAUGAUAACAAUGCGGAGGCUUUGAUGCAAAUCUCCUCGCAGGCAACGGGUGAAACGCAGCUAGAGAAUAUGCUCAAAGGCAUUGAGACCAUGUGGAAGGAAACCGAAUUAUCCAUUGCCACGCAUCACGAUCAGAAAGAUGUUUUUAUCCUUGCGGGCACCGAGGAGCUUCAAUCGGUUCUCGACGAUGCGAAUGUCAAUAUCAACACUAUUGCCGCAUCCAAGUUUGUGGGACCGAUUAAGACGAGAGUAGACGAAUGGAUAUCAGCUUUGGAUCAAUUUGGCAGAACUUUUGAGGCUUGGAUGGAUUGCCAGGGAGCUUGGAUCUAUCUGGAGGCAAUCUUUGCCUCAGCAGAUAUACAACGUCAACUGCCCCAUGAGGCCAAGAUGUUCAAUCAGGUAGACAAGAACUUCAAGGAGAUUGUGCGUCAGGCCAAAAAAGUAGCCCUAGCCCUUCCCACCAUGUCCAGCGUGGAGGUUUACGACAUGCUGAAGGAGGACAAUCGUUUACUCGAUCUGAUUUCACGUGGCCUAGAAGCUUAUCUGGAAGUAAAACGUGUGGUCUUUCCCAGAUUCUACUUCCUGUCCAACGAUGAGCUGUUGGAGAUUCUUGCCCAGACGCGAAUACCGCAAGCAGUUCAACCGCAUCUACGCAAAUGCUUCGAUGCAAUCUAUCGCCUAGAGUUUGGUCAAAAGGAAGGUGGUGAUGGUAAGAUGAUAGCCACCAAUGAUAUAAUUGCCUUUCUCUCGCCCGAGGGUGAGAAGCUACAGUUUGGCAAGGGGUUGAAGGCACGCGGCGCUGUCGAGGAAUGGCUCAGCAAAGUGGAGGACGCAAUGUUCGUUUCCUGCAAGCGAUACAUGCGCUUUGGCUAUCAAUGCUAUGCGGCCAAGGAGCGUGACGAAUGGUUCCAGGACCAUCCCAAUCAGGUGGUCAUAACCGUAUCCCAGGUUUACUGGGCAACCGAUAUACAUCGCAUCUUUGAUGCCAAAGAAAAGACACAACUGGGGGUCAUUGAGAAGAUGACGAAAUUCGAAACAAAAUGCCUGCAGGAUCUGGGAGCACUGGCGGCUCUAACUAGAAAAAAUAUCAGUUCAUUGUUGAGAAAGAUCCUUUGUGCUUUGAUUACCAUCGAUGUGCAUGCCAAGGACUCAGUGCACAUGCUGAUCGAGAAGGGUGUCUUUAACUCCACCGACUUCAAUUGGUUGAAGAUGUUGCGCUUUUAUUGGGCUAUCGAAACGGAGACGGUCUACUCCCGCAUGGCGGCCGCUAAUAUACCCUAUUACUAUGAGUAUCUUGGAGCUGGCGGUGUCCUUGUGCUAACACCCUUGACUGAUCGCUGUUAUCUGUGUUUGAUGGGUGCCUUUCAGAUGGAUUUGGGUGGUGCACCGGCUGGUCCUGCGGGUACGGGAAAAACGGAGACAACCAAAGAUUUAGCCAAGGCUCUGGCCAAACAGUGUGUGGUCUUUAAUUGCUCUGAUGGCCUCGAUUACAAGAUGAUGGGUCGCUUCUUCUCGGGAUUAGCGCAAUGCGGUGCCUGGUGCUGCUUUGACGAGUUCAAUCGUAUUGACAUCGAGGUGCUGUCUGUGAUUGCCCAGCAACUGAUCACCAUACGCACAGCCAAGGUCAUGAGGGUGAAACGGUUUGUUUUCGAGGGUCGCGAGAUUAAAAUCAAUCAUUCGUGUUGCGUGUUUAUCACCAUGAAUCCGGGCUAUGCCGGCCGUACCGAACUGCCGGACAAUCUGAAGGCUCUAUUCCGUCCUAUAUCCAUGAUGGUGCCGGACUAUGCGCUCAUUUCCGAGGUCAUUCUCUACUCGGAGGGCUUCGAGGAUCCAAAGAUUCUAGCUCGCAAGAUGGUGCAGAUGUAUCAGCUUUGCAGCCAACAGCUCAGUCAACAGAAUCAUUAUGAUUUCGGUAUGCGAGCAGUCAAAUCUGUCCUGGUCAUGGCUGGUGCACUGAAGCGUGCCUCUCCGAAUCAGCGGGAGGAUAUCACGCUGAUUGCCGCAUUACGUGAUUCGAAUAUACCCAAGUUUUUGGCCGACGAUGCCAUACUCUUUCGUGGUAUUCUCAGUGAUCUUUUUCCGGGUGUUGAGCUACCCGACUCACAGCAUCCGCAUCUGGAGGCGAGUCUACGCAUCGGCCUACGUCUCAAGAGUCUUCAGCCCGUACCGACGACCAUUCGAAAGUGUCUUCAGCUCUACGAGACAAUGUGUGUGCGUUGGGGUGUAAUGACAGUUGGUCCCACUGGUGGUGGCAAGUCGGUGGUACUACAUGCACUCGAGUUCGCGUUGGCUCAUUUGUUCGAGAACGAGAUCCAAGAUCCCAACUUUCGUCCGGUGGUCAUACAGACAAUGAAUCCCAAGGCUGUCAACAUGAAUGAACUUUACGGCUACGUGGACACAAAGACAUUGGAAUGGCAGGAUGGACUCCUCGGUCUGGCUGUGCGCACCGCGGUCAAUGUGGAGGAGGAGAUCCAUCAGUGGAUCAUGUGCGAUGGUCCCGUGGAUGCUGUGUGGAUUGAGAACUUGAACACUGUGCUGGAUGAUAACAAGAUGCUCUGCCUGGCCAACUCAGAGCGCAUUAAGCUGACCGCCUGGAUACACAUGCUCUUCGAAGUGCAGGAUCUGUUGCAGGCAUCUCCCGCAACGGUCUCACGCUGCGGCAUGGUCUACGUUGAUCCUGGUGAUCUCGGCUGGAUACCACUUGUGGAUACCUGGCGUGAACUGGAUAUGUCACAGAAGCUGCCUCCCGCCUUGGCCGAGUUCCUCUAUCAGUUGUUUAUCGGUUACUUCGAGAAGGCUUUGAAAAUUGAAAGGAAACGCGCUUCCUACACUAUACAUCAGGUGUUGGGUUCCAAGGUGCGUCUGUGUUGCUCUCUCAUCUCUUCCCAGCUCGAGGUGCCACGCUGGCAUUCCAUGACCGAUGAGGCGGCCAAGAAACUGAUUACAAAAAUCUUCACUUGGUGUGUGCUCUGGGCUAUUGCAUCCAAUUUGAAAGACGCUGAGAAGAUGUCCUUCGAGGACUUUUGGGGCAGGGCUAUGGCCACACAUCCACACAUGGACAUGCCAGAGCGUUCCAUGUGGAACUAUCGCGUUAAUCUGGAGACCAAUGACUGGGGAAAUUGGAAUGAAAUUAUGCCAGAAUUUACCUACAGCUCAGAAGUCUCCUACUAUGAUAUGCAGGUGCCCACAGUAGAUACAACAAAAUAUGGAUAUGUGGCUGAUUUGCUCUUCAAGCGGGAUUUUCCGGUCAUGUUCACGGGUGAAACGGGUGUGGGAAAGACCGUUCUUGCGGUCAGUUGUAUGAAACGUCUAGCCGAUGGUAGAGUCAUACCUGUUGUGCUCAACUUUUCGGCCCAAACGAGCAGCUUGCGCACCCAGGAAAUGAUCGAGGGGCCACUGGAGAAGCGAAAACGCACACAACUUGGUGCUCCCGUGGGUAAAACUGUUAUCAUCUUUAUUGAUGAUGUGAACAUGCCCAAGUUGGACACCUACGGCAGUCAGCCGGCCAUCGAGCUGCUCAGACAAUUUCUGGACUUCAAGGGUUUCUAUGAUCGGGAGAAGCUCUUCUGGAAGGACAUACUUGAUGUGGUUUUGGGGUGCGCUUGUGCACCACCUGGUGGUGGUCGUAAUCCACUUACUCCACGCUUCGUCCGACACUUUGCACUGUUCUCACUCCCUAAGCCUAAUGAGGAGACGCUCACACAGAUCUUCAAUGGCAUCUUGUUGGGUUUCCUGCAAACCUUCUCCUCUGUCAUUCGCGCCCUCUCCGAGUCAAUGGUGCAUGCUUGUGUGGAUGUCUAUAUGCGUGUGGCGAAAGUGAUGUUGCCGACACCAGAUCGAUCCCACUAUAUCUUUAAUCUGCGAGAUCUUUCCAAGUGCAUACAGGGCAUACUCCAAGCGGACAACAUGCACUACAACUUGGAGAACCAAAUAUUGAGGUUGUUCUAUCACGAGACAACUCGAGUCUUUCACGAUCGUCUCAUUAACAACGAGGACAAAGCGAUCUUUAAGACCCUCAUGAACGAUGUGUGCAAAGAUCAUUUUAAUCGCGACGUCGUCCACCCAGAUGAGCCUGAUGUACUCUUCGGAGACUUCAUGGUCUUUGGCAAGCCGAAGAACGAAAGGGUCUAUGACGAGAUCAGGGAUCAUAGCAAACUGGAGAGCGUGCUCAAUGAUUACAUUAUCGAUUACAACUCCAUGGCGGUGGGUAAGCAAAUGAAAUUGAUACUCUUCCAGGAUGCCAUGGAGCAUACGGUGCGUCUGGCCCGUCUUCUGCGCAGCGAUCGUGGCAAUGGCCUUCUGGUGGGCGUGGCUGGUAUGGGAAAACAGUCUCUCACUCGCUUGGCCUCCCAUGUGAACGAGUACAACUGUUGGCAAAUUGAAAUGCGACGAAAUUACGAUCUUAAUGCGUUCCACGAGGAUCUGCGAGUACUCUAUCGUAUCGGCGGGAUUGAGAACCAACCCGUCACUUUCCUGCUGAUCGACAGCCAGAUAGUGGAAGAGGAAUUUCUGGAAGAUAUCAACAACAUUUUAAACUCUGGUGAGGUGCCCAAUCUCUUCGAGGGCGAUGAAUACGAGAAGGUCAUCUUGGAUGCACGUGAUGCCUGCAAUGCUAGCAAAAAGGAUGAGAGCUGUCACCGCGAUGAGAUCUAUAAGUUCUUCAUUAACCGAGUGCGCAACAAUCUGCAUGUGGUUAUGUCCAUGAGUCCAGUGGGCGAUGCCUUCCGUCGACGUUGUCGCAUGUUUCCAUCCCUGGUCAACUGCACGACCAUUGAUUGGUUUACCAGCUGGCCCACUGAGGCGUUGUAUUCCGUUGCCCUGGGUCUGCUGACAAAGAUUUCACCCAACAUGAAUGAACGUAUCUCCUUGGCCAGCACCACAGUGUUCAUGCACAAGACUGUCGAGGAUGCAUCUGUUCGCUUCUAUAAGGAGAUGAAGCGACAUUAUUAUACCACACCCAGCAGUUAUCUGGAGCUGCUUAAGCUCUACCAGAGUCUGCUGAAGGUCAAGACCCAGGAAAUUAUUGCGAAACGCAAACGAAUUGCCAGCGGUCUUAACAAGCUCUUAGAGACCAAUGAAGUGAUUGCGGUCAUGCAGAAGGAACUGGAGGUGAUGGUGCCACAACUGGAUGAGAAGUCGGCAAUGAUGAAGGCACUGGUGGACAAUUUGACAAAGGAGACGAAACAGGCGGACGCUGUCAAACAAGGUGUCAUGGAGGAUGAGGCGAAUGCCAAAGAGAAGGCAGCCAUUGCCCAGGCUAUAUCCGAAGAUGCAAGCAAGGACCUGGAGAUAGCAAUGCCUGCACUGCGCGAGUCCGAGGAAGCCCUCAAAGGACUUACCAAAGCGGACAUCAAUGAACUGAAGUCCUUCACGACGCCUCCAGCUCUGGUGCAGUUUUGCAUGGAAGCCGUUUGCAUCCUUCUAGGUGCUAAACCCACAUGGGCCUCGGCCAAGGCCAUUAUGGCUGACAUCAAUUUCAUUAAACGACUUUUCGAGUACGACAAGGAGCACAUGAAGGAAGAUGUCCUGAAGAAGGUCAAAAAGUACAUAGAUCACAAGGACUUUGUGCCCGCUAAAUUCGAGAAAGUCUCCAAGGUGGCCAAGUCCGUGAGCAUGUGGGUAAUUGCCAUGGACAAAUUCUCCAAGGUCUACAAGGUAGUCGAACCAAAGAUAAAGCGCAAAGAAGCUGCUGAAGCGGAGCUUAAGGAUGUUAUGAAAGUACUGCGACAGAAACAAAAGGAACUGGCUGCAGUCGAAGCGAAGAUUCAAUCAUUACGCGACAGCCUGGAGGAAAAACAACGUGAAUUCCAGGUCAUCCAGGACAAUGUCGAUCUCACCUAUGGACGAAUCAAUCGAGCGGGUCGUCUAACCUCAGCCCUGGCGGAUGAGCAAGUUCGCUGGCGCGAGACGGUGAAAUCGUUGACCGCGGACUUGGCCUGUGUGCCAGGAGAUGUCCUGGUGGCAGCUGCAUGUGUCGCCUAUCUGGGCGCGUUUUCCAAUGAAUAUCGUCGCGAAAUGAGUCAAUUCUGGGUGGACAAGUGCCGUGAAUAUAACAUACCGUCGAGUAAGGAGUUCAAUCUUCUGAAGGUCCUUGGUGAUGCCUACGAGAUGCGUCAGUGGAAUGUCGAUGGCUUACCCAAGGACAACAUAUCCAUUGAGAAUGGCAUCUAUGCCACGCGUGCCUUGCGCUGGGCCCUAAUGAUUGAUCCCCAGGAGCAGGCUAAUCGUUGGAUACGCAACAUGGAGAAGGCCAACAAUCUGCAGGUGAUCAAAAUGACAGAUGCAUCCAUGAUGCGGGUGCUCGAGAAUAGCGUACGUCAGGGCUAUCCGGUCUUGCUAGAGGAACUCGACGAGACCAUAGAUCCCUCCUUGCGUCCCAUACUCCAGCGGGAGACUUACAAAUCUGAGGGUCGGAUCUAUUUGAAGCUCGGCGAUCAGGUUAUCGAUUACGAUGACAACUUCAAACUGUAUAUGACCACCAAGUUACCCAAUCCGCAUUAUAUGCCCGAGGUGUGCAUUAAUGUGACCCUCGUCAACUUUCUGGUCACUGAAAGUGGCCUGGAGGAUCAGCUACUUGCCGACAUUGUGGCCAUUGAGUUGCCCGUCAUGGAGGCACAACGUAAUGAUCUUGUUGUGAAAAUCAACGCGGAUAAACAACAGUUGCUAUCGCUGGAGGAUAAAGUGCUCAAGCUGCUCUUCAACUCCGAGGGCAAUAUACUGGAUGACGAGGAGCUUGUCGAAACCCUUAACGAUGCCAAGGAAACUUCUCUGAUCAUUGCCGCUCGUCUGAUUGAUACGGAGGAAACGGAAAAGAUAAUAACAGCUUCCCGAGAACGAUAUCGCAUUCUAUCAUCUCGUGGGGCCAUCCUAUACUUUGUGGUUGCCGGUCUGGCCGAGAUCGAUCCCAUGUAUCAAUACAGUUUAAAGUACUUCACUCAAGUCUUUUGUAAUGUCCUUCGUCUCGAUCAUCCGGCCAUGGCCGUUGAGGUUCGCAUCGCCACAUUGAUGGUGGAUGAACUGAGAGCCAUCUAUGAUAAUAUAUCGCGUGGCCUCUUCGAAAACCAUAAGCUCAUCUUUAGUUUCCUGUUGACGUUGGCCGUGGAGCGUCAAGAGGGACGUGUCACUGAGGAAGAAUUCGGGUUUCUGACCCGCGGCGCCGUGGGAACGGUGCGUAUUAAGGCCCAACCCGCCAACGUGAAGCUCAGUCAAAUGGAAUGGGAGGCAGCUAUAUUUUUAGAGGACAAUUUCAAGGAUUCCUUUGCCGGUUUCACCAACGAGAUCGAUAAGCCCUUCUUCCUGACGCUGCAGGACAACAAAGAGGUCUUUGACUUUGCCAAAUCGAAAGCUGAACCCACUGACAAAUGGAACAAACGUCUUCACAUCUUCCACAAACUCAUGUUCAUUGCCACGUUCCGUAAGCCACGUUUCCUGCUGAAUGUCGUUAGUUACCUGCAUGCCACAGUGGGCAAGUACUUUACUGAGGUGUCCGCCAGCGGAACACAACUGAGCACAGUCUAUCUGGACACUUCGGCUGUAACGCCGCUGAUCUUUGUGCUCUCGACGGGCUCGGAUCCUAUGUCGGGUUUCCUUAAGUUCACCACGGAGAUGAAGUUCACAGAUAAGUAUUACUCAAUAUCUUUGGGUCAGGGGCAAGGACCCCUCGCCGAGAGUUUGAUUGAUAAGAGUCUGCGCAUGGGUCACUGGGUAUUCCUGCAGAACUGUCACUUGGCAACCUCCUGGAUGCGUGUUCUCGAAACAAUUGUCCGCAAUCUCACCUUGGGCAUAACUAAAGCGAAUCCCGACUUUCGUUUAUAUCUCUCAUCGAUGCCGACACAAUCAUUUCCCAUCAGUGUGCUCCAGAACUCGGUGAAAAUCACAAAUGAGCCACCCAAGGGCAUCAAAGCGAAUGUCAUUGGGGCGUUGGGUGAUCUCAAAGUGGACUUCUUUGAGCAGCACAUCCAAAGUGGCAAAUGGCGUGCAAUUGUCUUUGGUCUUUGUAUGUUCCAUGCGGUGCUGUUGGAGCGCCGAAAGUUCGGUCCUCUGGGCUGGAACAUCACCUAUGAGUUCAGUGAGAGCGAUCGUGAAUGUGGUCUCAAGACUCUCGACUUCUUUAUCAAUCGCGAGGUCAUGGAGGACAUUCCAUGGGAGGCUAUACUCUACAUCAAUGGUGAAAUUACUUGGGGAGGACGCGUUACAGAUUAUUGGGAUUUACGCUGUCUGCGCACGAUUCUAACCAUCUUCUCCUCGGAGCGCAUUAUACAGCCGGGAUACAAGUAUUGUCGUGGUGAUUCUUACUAUCGUGAUCCUCAGGGGCAGACACUGAAGGAAUACGCAACAUUUGUACUAGGUUUUCCGGUGCUGGAGGAUCCCGAGAUCUUUGGCAUGAAUCAGAACGCCAACAUUGUGUUCCAGAGCAAGGAAACCGAGUUCUUUAUCAGCACUCUGCUCCUGGGACAGCCACGUUCCUCAGCCGAUGAGGGUCAGGCCAUGGAGAAUGAUCUCUGCCAACAGAUAAUUGCUCGCAUUCAAUCCUCGCUCACCAUCAAAAUUCAACGUGAACCUAUACACGACACCCUUACGGUGCUGGAUAACAAAGGUCAGAUGCCAUCGUUAACCACGGUCCUUGUGCAGGAGAUCGAUCGCUUCAAUAUCGCUUUGGGCAUAAUUCAUGACAGUCUUGGCAAUCUGUCCAAGGCCAUCAAGGGUCUGGUCGUGAUGUCGGAGGAUCUGGAAAUGGUAUUUCGAGCCCUGUUGGCCAAUAUAGUGCCCGCGAUGUGGGCCAAACGGAGCUUUCUAUCUGUUAAGCCAUUGCCCAAUUACAUUGUGGAUUUUCAACGUCGCAUUGACUUUAUCCAGCAUUGGGCAGAGAAUGGAGCACCACGUUCGUAUUGGAUAAGCGGCUUCUUCUUUCCGCAAUCCUUUUUAACCGGCGUCCUGCAGACGUACGCACGUCGUCGAGUCCUUCCCAUCGAUUCGCUCAAAAUCGAUUUUCAAGUCAUCGAAAUGGAAUUGGUGCAACAGGAUUUCUUCGAGCUGCACAAUGCGAAUGCUAAUGACGCUCGUCUUUAUGGGAGUCUGGAGGAGUGCACCGAUGCCAUGAUUAAUGUCCAUGGCAUUUUUGUGGAGGCCGCUCGCUGGGAUCUCUCCAAGGGCGGACUAUGCGACGCCAAAUUCGGUGAACUCUAUACACGUAUGCCUGUAAUACGCUUUAUGCCAUGUCUGGAGGUCAGCACCCUUGUUCGAUAUGAGGCACCGUUGUACAAGACACAACAACGUUCCGGCGUACUUUCAACAACAGGACACUCGACGAACUUUGUGCUCUCCAUUCUCUUGCGCAGCAAAAAUGAUCCUGAAUUCUGGAUAAUGCGUGGAACUGCUCUUGUUUGUGCCGUGCUUGAGAAUGUCUCCUAGUUGAGACCGUCUUAAAUUAACAAUGGUAUCGAUAUAUGCUGCA